AUGGAAGCGGCCCAAGCGGGCGUCCCUGGCGCGGCUAAUACAGCACUGAGCAUAACUCCUGAGCAACGUCAAAGGAACGAAGCACCCGAAACGUCGCAACCACAUGAUGGGCACUCUAUUUGUUCCGAUGGUUCCACUGCAUCGUCGACUACAGACAUCAACUGUAUGAAACAAGACGACGAUACCGGAGCCAUCGAAGAAGGGCUCACUGUUGUGUUCGCCCCUGCGGAUACUGAGACGUUAAUAACAUCCCUCAGUAGCGUGAAACUCUCAAGAGCUCUAGAAAGCUCCUGUCCUGACGGCAUUCACGAGGUUCGCUUUAACUGCAGAUUGAAUGUCAUCGCAGUGGACACCAGAAAUGGUGAAGCUACAAAAACAUUGCUCAACUUGAAUGCUCUCUGUGGAAUUCGGGUGAUGUCAUACUCUCCACUGGCUGGAGCAACGGUGAACGGAAUGAUUCAGGACGUCGAAAAAGAGCUUUCUAAUGAGGAGAUCACCUCGCAUCUCAGGUCCAAUAUUAACGUUGGUGCCGUCCGACGCCUAAGGAAGUCUAGCACAGUCAAAGUCACCUUCCGGGGCAAGAUUUUGCCAACACAUGUUCUUUUGAGGCAUGUGCGCCAUCCCGUCCAUCCUUUUCAAAAAAGGCCUAUCCAGUGCCUUAACUGUUUUGGAUUCGGACACAAGCGAGUGGCCUGCAAACGCCCCAAAAAGUGUGAACAUUGUGGCAAACCACAUGCAUCAACAUACAUAACAUGUCAAUCAAUGCCUGCGAAAUGUGUCAACUGCGGCCAAGAACACGAAGCUACAGCACGCUUCUGCUCGAAGCGAAAGAAACUAGGGGAGAUCCAGGUGUACUCAAAAUCCAACUCGGUGGGCUUUCAUAUCGCCAAAUACGCCUUGGAGUACGAUAAGCACUUCCCGGAGAUGGAAUCUACUCGAGCAGGCAGCAAUGCCACGAAAGAUCCGACUGUCACUGAACUCGAGAAUUCAGGAGAGAAAGACAUGGAAGAAACUUCGAAAGAUCUGACUACAUCAUCACUAUAGACGACGGUCGAGCAAACAAAACCUAAAAGUCAAGCAACUAAAGAAGAUUGCCGGGGUUCAAGUCCACACGACAAACAAAAAAGCAAUAUGCCGGCUGCAUCAGCACUUCAGGAAUCCCAGACCUUUUCUGCACCCACCACUCAGCCGCAACCCUGCCAUUCGAAGGACACAAAUGCGCAACCAACAACUUCCUUUGGAGACAGUUCACCUCAAUGGAUGUCUUUUGUCAAGGCCGCAGUCAAGAGCGCUCUCAGCGUACCUAAAAGCAUCGAAUCAACCUGGGCAAAGACACUUACCACCAUAACCCAAGCAGUACUCCCUGUUCUUGAGGGAUGCUAG